GCGGAGCGGCAGCAAAACAAAACAGCCGCCGCAGCUGCGGUGUCAGUCCGGGUGAAACGCGCCGUAUUCCGGGAAGGUUUUCUGUUUUUACAUGAAGCUGUGGCUGUUUAGGUGUAGCUGCAGUGGCGGACAGGCUGACGGGUCUGGGACUGAGGUGCUUUUCUGGUUUCUGGUCCUAAACUCUGCUAGUCUGCUGCGGUUCAGCCGUUGGAGUGGCGGAGCGGCGCUGCGGCGUUCAGAGCUUAUUAAAAACCUUUUUUUAGUUUUAUUAGAUAAUCAUCGCGCCUGGGAGGCUUCAGGUUACUCACAGUCAGAGUGAGGGGAAAAAUGAUGCUUAGACUGCGGCUGGAUGGCGUUACAGUGUAAUAUGAUGGAGAUAUAUGUCUGAAUAUUUAUAUAUAACUCCAGUUAGAGUGUUGCUUUGCUUCAACAAGCUCACCAAGUGGGAGAAGAUCAUCCAGAAGAUCCUGCAGGACGGUUCGACAGUUCCCACUGCGCUGAGCACAGAGGCAUCUAAUUUAGUUUCUUUCACUGAAACAGCAGACAUGGUUCUGUCCCUGGUCAGCCUGUGUGCCCGGGAGGUUGUGAGUGAUCACAGUUCUUCACCCUCUUGGCUGAGCUGUUUGCCCCGGGAGCUCUACCGCCCCCUUCUGGAGGCAGCUUUUGCUCACUGCCGCCCCCUGGCUGUAGGUGAGCUGGUCCAGCGCUGGCCUGAGCGGACGCUGAGCGUAGGCGGGCAGAGAAAGCACGGCCAGAUCCCUCCGAAUCGCCUGUGCAUCCAGGCUCUGCUCCUGGCGGCGGUCAGGGGUUUGACGGACAAAAGGUGUGCUCUGCAGGUGUUGGAUCUGUGUGGUCUGCAGUGUGAUGAGGGCCGGCUGGAGGACUCGAUGGGUGGAUGGUCUCUGACUGUGGCUCUGUGCUCCACCCUGCUGCAGGCGCGAGCCGCCGCCUCCAGGGGGCAUCGCCGAGACGGAGAGCGAGAGAGGAAGAGAGGACUGCACACGGAGAGAGAGAGAGACGGCAUGGUCAAACGAGACCGAGGACUGGAGAGCAGGAAAAGGGGGAUGGAGGGAGAAGAGGGAGAGAAGGUGGACUGCAGGGACAACAGAGGAGAGGAGAGUAUAAUUCAGACGAGAGUGUUCUCAGAGGAGGAGACGGUGCGUAGUGUGAGGAGGAGGAUGGAGCUUCAGAGGAGAAAUGACCCCCAGCAGAACGUCUCCAGCUCCGGCUCCUCCAGCCCAGACUGGGACCAGACAGUGGUGGUACGCGUUCGAGCCGAUCUGUUCAUAAACGCCCGCUCGUGGGAGAGGGUCCGAGGAGCGCUGAGCCUGCCUGGCCCGAUGAGGCUUUACUGCCGAUAUUUGCGGGUCGAGGAGCUUCCGGCACCUUCAGUGGCCUCUCUUCUGGAGCUACUUCCCAAAGAUGGUCUCCUGGGGCUGGAUAUCCGCUACUCCAGCCUGGGCGUGUCUGGCCUGGCACUGCUGCUGCCUCUGUUAGAGCCGUUUCCACUGCUCCACUCACUCAGACUGCACUACUGCAACCUGGACCUGCAGCGCACUCAGCCGGGGCAGCAGGGGGCGCUGCAGGACAUGUGUCGUGGGCUCAGCGCUUUGAAGAGGCUCCGCAGGCUCAGCCUGACCGCACUGAGGCUGCCCGGACAUCUGCGACUGCUGCUCAGUUCCCUCUCUCAGCCUCUAGAGGUGCUGGAGCUGCCGUAUCUCAGCCUGACUCCGGCGGACCUGUCCUACCUCUCCUGCAGCCCUCAUGCCUCGUCCCUCAGAGAGCUGGACCUGAGUGAGAACAGGCUGGACGACUCGUCCGUCCCAUCACUGCGACGGCUCUUUUCUCAGGCUGAAUCCUGCCUGGCUCAGCUCUCUCUGUGUGGCUGCGGUCUCUCAGACGUCCUGCUGGGGGCGCUACUGCCCUCUCUGUCAUGCUGCAGGACCCUCCGGACCCUCAGGCUGGCCCUGAACCCCCUGACCCGGAAUGGCCUAGUGUCUUUAGCGUGGAUGGCUGCAGGGAUCCCCUCGCUGCGGUUGCUCCUGUACCCCUACCCGCUGGAGGACUAUGAGCCUGGCCUGCCUCCGCUGCCCUCCAGCGCCCAGCUUCUGGACUGGCCACUGCUGGAAAAGUCAGAGGUCAGGGAGCUGACGCUGACGCAGCUGGAGGAGGUUCUGACGGCCAAAGGCCGCCAGCAUGACCUCCUGUUGACCUCAGACUUACUUAAAUAUAGCACUGACCUGGCAGGGGAAGACUAGAGUCUGAAAAUGGAGCACGUCUUCAUUAUGUGUCUAUUUCCUGCUCUAAAUCGAUGAGUGUCAACUCUGGCCUGCAUAUUGUUUAUCCUGCUCUAACAUACAUGAUGAAUUAUUAACAAGCCCUUCCAGAGCAUUUCUGCAUAAUUCAGUGGUUAAGAUGUAAACAAAGUCAUUCUGAGUGGUUUGGUGUGAAACGCUCUGUUCUAGAGAACCUUAUCGAGUCAGAACUGUUCACAGUGGUGGUGAUAGGAACCAGACGUCCACCUCUAAUAGCUCCCUCACAGAAUGCUAUUACAUGAAAUUAUUAUGAAUAUGUUUCUAAAACACUGAUUUAUAAAAGGUUUGGGGGGGUUUUGGGCCUGAAACGUGUUUUUAAAUGCUAUUAACCGUGGAAGGGUACUUGCAGGGCGUUGUGAGGCAAAAUAGUCUCCAAAGAAAACUAAUUUUUCAGAUUUAACAUUAUUUUCCCAUCAUCAAUAUUCCAUAUGAAACUCA